AUGGCACAACCAAAGAAAGCAGACUCCUCAAUUGAGCCCACCAUUCUAAAACUACCACAUCCAUACCUCACCGCAUAUACGAUCACAAACAUCGCACCGAAAGGAGAGGCCAAAAUAUUUCAAGUUUUACCGUCCUUAAUUGAGAAUACAGAGAAUGGAGUUUCUCCCUCUAUGCAGCUCCAUAACAGCUCGGUAUCCUUCAGCGAUAUAGCUGUCCUUCCAGAAAAUCAAGCUCCUCCCGAUGGAAAUAACAGCUCAUGGGCAAGGACUCGCCGGGCCCCCAUGUCCACUAUCUCGUGGACAGGUCCCAGGCCUACCGUAGCCCAGAUGUGGCUAAUAUCAUAUGCGCUCAUCACGCUGCAUCCGCUAGUAGAAAAAAUGAGAGUAUUGUUUUCUGGCAGCGAAUCUGAGUUACUAGCUACAGCAUUGCGAUCAAAGGGCCUCUUUCACCCACAUCCUCCCUCCUCAAAUUCCUCUGCUCCCCAGGAUGGAUACCUCCUCCUCCGGAGCUGCUUCUGGCAAGGUGCUGGUUGCCCCUUUGGUUCCCGUCCAGUAUGGGCGCCUCGGCUAGAUUCCUCAAACCAGCCCAUCUCGACAGAAUAUCCACUCUUCCCAUUCCAAACAGCCCCAACGACGCAAUUCCCUGCUCCAUCUCGACAUACGAUACAUCCAAUACGGGCACCAAAACCUAAUCCUGGCUCGAUAAUAUACAGUCGCUGGAUACCCCAUCUAAACGAGCAUUUCUCGAUGAUUGCACUCGAUCAUACAAACGACGACCAUCUCAAUCUCUUCCACGGAUGGCAAAAUGACCCUCGCGUUGCUGCAGGCUGGAACGAAACCGGGACGCUAGACCAACAUCGAGAGUAUCUCAAAAAACUUCAUGAGGAUCCGCAUGUGCUUACUAUGUUUGCGGCAUUUGAUGACGUGCUGUUUGCGUAUUUUGAGGUGUAUUGGGCAAUGGAAGAUCAACUCGGUGCCCACUACAACGCCUCCCCAUAUGACCGUGGCCGCCACUCCCUCGUAGGCGAUAUCCGCUUCCGAGGCCCAUACCGUGUGUCUGCGUGGUGGAGCGGGCUGAUGCACUACAUGUUUCUCGACGAACCUCGCACCACGAAUAUCGUGGGUGAGCCUAAGGCAACGAAUAGCACGGUAUUGGCAUAUGAUUUCGCCCAUGGGUUUCAUAUCGAGAAACUAGUUGAUCUGCCGCAUAAACGUAGCGCGCUGAUGAUGGUUUCAAGAGAGAAGUUUUUUAUGCUGAGUCCGCUUGUUUGGGAUGGGGAGAAGGCGGUUAGGCCAAGUUUGGAUGCACUUGCGAAGUUGUAG